UCUCUUUUCUCCAAAAAAAAAAGCUUUUUUUUUAUUUUCUUUUUCACUGUAAAUUUCCACAGCCCAAAAUCCUUCUCUCUCUCUCUCUCUCUCUCUGUUACUGGGUCUCUGAAUCCAUGGAUAGUGAUAGCCUACAAAAAGAGGAAGGCUUUCAUUUACUCUAGCAAGCAAUUUUUAUUUUUUUUCCUUUUUUCUUUUAGUACUGUGAUGUGUCUGCUCUGCUGAGCUCAUCCAUGGUGAUCUUGAAGAACGUGCUACUCCUAUGGAGGGAGCCUUUUCCACUAUUUGGUGUUUGAAUUGUGAAGGAUCUCAUUGAAUAUGGUGAAGAAAUGUCAUGGCUUGAAGGAGAUGGUAAGUGGGUUUCCUCUGGAGUGCAAUGGGUAUGUGCUGGUAAAAAUAAAGUCUUUGUUAUUGGGAUGGUCAAUAAGGGUGAGCAUUGCUGUUGUAUUAUAAAUUAGGGUUCUUUAUUUUAUGGUUUUGACUUGGGAGGAAUAAAUAAAGAGUACCCAGAAAACAAAAAAGUGAGAAAAAGCUUGAAAUGAAGCUUUCAACAUCAGGGUUGGGUCAGCAGGAUCAUGAAGGAGGCGAGAAGAAGUGUUUGAAUUCAGAGCUAUGGCAUGCAUGUGCUGGGCCUCUUGUGUCCCUACCAUCGCCUGGAACUCGUGUGGUCUACUUCCCUCAGGGCCAUAGUGAGCAGGUUGCUGCCACAACAAACAAAGAAGUUGAUGGCCAUAUACCAAAUUAUCCAAGUUUGCCGCCUCAGUUGUUCUGUCAACUCCACAAUGUCACCAUGCAUGCAGAUGUUGAAACUGAUGAAGUAUAUGCGCAACUGACAUUACAACCUUUGACACCGCAAGAACAGAAAGAUACAUUUCUUCCCAUGGAGUUGGGAAUUCCAAGCAAGCAGCCGACAAAUUACUUUUGCAAGACAUUGACAGCUAGUGAUACUAGUACACAUGGAGGCUUCUCUGUUCCUCGUCGGGCAGCCGAGAAAGUUUUCCCUCCACUGGAUUUCGCACAACAGCCACCAGCUCAGGAACUUAUAGCAAGGGAUCUCCAUGAUGUUGAGUGGAAGUUUAGGCAUAUAUUUCGGGGACAGCCUAAACGGCAUCUACUUACCACUGGCUGGAGUGUCUUUGUUAGUGCUAAAAGACUUGUUGCAGGCGAUUCGGUUCUUUUUAUAUGGAAUGAGAAAAAUCAGCUUCUUUUGGGGAUUCGCCGUGCCACUCGACCGCAAACUGUUAUGCCAUCAUCUGUUUUAUCGAGUGAUAGCAUGCACAUUGGACUUCUUGCAGCUGCUGCUCAUGCUUCUGCAACUAAUAGCUGUUUUACAGUCUUCUAUAAUCCAAGGGCUAGUCCAUCUGAAUUUGUCAUACCCCUUUCAAAGUACAUUAAAGCUGUAUUUCACACACGUGUUUCAGUUGGGAUGCGAUUUCGGAUGCUUUUUGAGACUGAAGAGUCCAGUGUCCGGAGGUACAUGGGUACAAUAACUGGCAUAAGCGAUCUGGAUCCUGUUCGUUGGCCGAAUUCCCAUUGGCGAUCUAUCAAGGUUGGUUGGGAUGAAUCAACUGCAGGUGAAAGGCAGCCAAGGGUAUCAUUAUGGGAAAUUGAACCUCUAACAACUUUCCCAAUGUAUCCGUCAUUGUUUCCCCUUCGGUUGAAACGUCCUUGGCAUCCUGGGGCUUCAUCUAUCCAUGAUAACAGAGAUGAAGCAGCUAACAGCUUAAUGUGGUUAAGGGGGGGUACUGCUGACCAAGGACUUCACUCGUUAAAUUUUCCGGCUGUUAAUAUGUUUCCCUGGAUGCAGCAGAGACUGGAUCCAACUUUGAUGGCAACUGAUCAUGGUCAGCAGUACCAAGCCAUGUUGGCUACCGGUUUGCAGAAUGUAGGAAGUGGAGAUCCCUUGAGACAACAAAUGAUGCACUUUCAGCAGCCUUUCCACUAUCUUCAGCAGUCUGGUAGCCAUAGCCAUAAUAAUCCACUGUUGCAGCUUCAGCAUCAACAGAUUUCUCAUAAUAUGCCACAGACACAAACCCACAUUUCGAAUGAGAAUCUCUCUCCGCACCACCUUUUACCACAACAGUUCAACAAUCAAGCGGAGGAGCACGCUGCAACCCAGCAACAGCAACAGCAGCAGCAACACACUUAUCAUGAUGCACUUCAGAUCCAAAGUGAACAGUUGCAUCAAAGGCAGCAGCUGAAUGUGCCCUCUUCAUCGAUACCCAAAACUGAUUUCUUGGAUUCAAGCACAAAGUUUUCAGCAUCAAUGACUACCCCUAGACAAAAUGUACUUGGUUCACUGUGUCCUGAAGGCAGUGGCAAUCUUUUGAACUUGACAAGAGAUGGUCAGUCAUUAAUCCCUGACCAGUUACCUCAACAAUCUUGGACCACAAAGUAUGCACAUCCACAGGUCAAUGCUUUUGCCAACUCAAUGUCACUUCCACCAUAUGCUGGAAAAGAAACCACCAUGGGGCAGGAAAACUCUAAUUCAGAUUCUCAGAAUCCUACUCGUUAUGUUGUUAAUGUAGAAUCGUCUGGACUUCUACUUCCAACCGUAGUGCCUAGUUUUGCUACUUCAAGCAAUGCUGAUGUGUCCUCAAUGCCACUGGGGGAUUCUGGAUAUAGGAGUUCUCUGUAUAAUAGCAUGCAGGACUCUUCUGAGACAUUGCAUGGUACAGAGCAAAUUGACACCCCGAACCCUGCUCGUACGUUUGUUAAGGUUUAUAAAUCAGGUUCGGUUGGUCGCUCACUGGACAUCUCUCGGUUCAGCAGCUACCAUGAGCUGCGAGAAGAGCUGGCGCAGAUGUUUGGAAUUGAGGGAAAAUUAGAAGAACCUCUUAGAUCAGGCUGGCAGCUUGUAUUUGUCGACAGGGAGAAUGAUGUGCUUCUCCUUGGAGACGAUCCAUGGGAGGCAUUUGUGAAUAAUGUCUGGUAUAUCAAGAUCCUUUCACCAGAGGAUAUGCACAAGAUGGGGGAGCAAGCAGUUGAAUCCUUUAGCCCAAAUGCGGGUCAAAGAAUGAAUAGCAGUGGUGGUGGUGAUAGUCAAGAUCACCUUUCUGGCUUACCAUCUUAUGGCUCACUUGAAUAUUGAGAGAGAGCACAAUUUAUGGUAUGAAAUACUGUCUCCCGUUAGAUCGAGUCUGUCUAUGGGCAGAAACCUUAUAAGUUGAGUGUGCAUUAUUAAAGGAUUUUCUUGUUUUGUUGUGUAAAAACUCCCCCUUUAUUUUCCUUUCUCUUUGCAUUAGCAUUUGUAGAUGUCCUUUUUAUCAGACACUUAGCUGAGGAAUUUGUGCUUCAUGGAUAAGAAUAUGUACGACUUUGGAAAAAGAAAGUAAAUGUUGAAAGCCAUUUGUAGCUUUUAGCUGAAAUAAAUAGGAGUUAAAUCAA